GGGACUUCCCGACUCUUCCAGCACGAACCCGAGCGACCUCGGUCGGACUCAGGCACUCAGCGGCGACGCCUGUCGGCGAGCGCGCGCCGCGUGCCUGCCCGCGGUGUCUCGUCGUCUCCAGAAGAUGCGCCCCGGAUACUCGCCUUUCCCCCUUCUUCUACCUCCUUCCACCUCCUUCUCUCCACUCCGCACCCCUCGGAUCGCGCGCCCGCAGCAACUGUUGUUCUCCUAUCCGAAGAAGCGGCACAGAGCACCGCCCGGAGAUUCCCCGACCCGUCGCCGUCGCCGUCGCCGUCGCCUGGCCAAGAUGGCUGAACAAUUAUACACCGUGGCAUCAGAUAGUGAAACCACUGGGGAAGACAAAUCACAGCCUUCAUUCCCUGAUGUUGCUAUUGGCAUUGACAUUGGGACUUCCAAAUGCAGUGUUGCUGUUUGGAAUGGUCACCAAGUUGAGCUCUUAAAGAAUACCCGUAAUCAGAAAGGGAUGAGGUCAUAUGUCAUGUUCAAAGAUGAUACUCUUUCAGCAGGAGUUACUGGAGGGGCAGCCAAGGAAAAUGCACAUGAGGAAAGAGACAUCUUAUCAGGAAGUGCCAUAUUCAACAUGAAACGCCUGAUAGGAAGAAUGGACACUGAUGAAGUGGUUCAAGCUAGUAAGACCCUCCCAUUUCUCGUGCAGACAUUGGGUAUCGGUGUGAGACCGUUUAUUGCGGCACUCGUGAACAACAUGUGGCGAUCUACAACUCCGGAGGAGGUCCUUGCCAUCUUUCUUCUUGAAUUGAAGGCCUUGGUGGAGAUGCAUCUUAAACAUCCUGUGAGGAAUGCUGUGCUUACCAUACCAGUUGCAUUCAGUCGAUUUCAGCAAACCAGGAUUGAGAGAGCCUGUGCUAUGGCUGGGCUGCAUGUGUUGAGGUUGAUGCCGGAACCAACUGCUGUGGCACUUCUGUAUGCUCAGCAGCAGCAGCAGCUUGUGAAUGACAAUAUGGGAAGCGGCAUUGAGAAAAUUGCUCUGAUAUUUAACAUGGGUGCUGGGUACUGUGAUGCAGCCGUGGCUGCCACAGCUGGAGGUGUUUCUCAGAUAAGAGCAUUAUCAGGAUGCACAGCUGGUGGGGAGGAUAUACUUCAGAACAUAAUGCGCCAUGUUGUUCCCAAUUUUGACAAUUUAUAUGCUGGCCAGACAAUGGAUAGAAUCCAGUCGAUGAGUUUACUGCGAAUGGCAACUCAAGAUGCAAUUCACAAACUGGUUAACCAGGAAACUGUGGAGAUCAAUAUAGAUUUGGGGAAUGGCCACAAAGUGUCCAAAGUCCUAGACCAUUCAGAGUUUGAACAAGUCAACCGGGCAAUUUUUGAUAAGUGUGAAAAGAUCAUCAACCAGUGCUUGGUUGAUGCGAAGUUAGUACCAGAGGACAUCAAUGAUGUCAUAUUGGUUGGUGGUUGUUCGAAGAUCCCCAGAAUCAGAAGCCUUGUCCUGGGUCUAUGCAAGAAGGAGAUCUCUUACAAGAACAUAGAUGCUCUAGAAGCCGCUGUUUCUGGUGCUGCGCUGGAAGGAGCCAUCGCUUCAGGAGUGAAUGAUCCUUCAGGGAGCUUGGAUCUUCUCACAAUCCAGGCAACUCCUAUGAACCUGGGAAUCCGUGCCAAUGGCGAUAGCUUUGCUGCAAUCAUUCCCAGGAACACGACAGUGCCAGCCAGAAGGGACAUGCUGUUCACAACGACACAUGACAACCAGACUGAAGCCCUAAUUGCUGUGUAUGAAGGAGAAGGGGAACGUGCUGAAGAUAACCAUCUGUUAGGAUACUUCAAGAUUACUGGAAUCCCAGCAGCCCCUAAGGGAACAGUUGAGAUCAGUGUAUGCAUGGACAUCGACGCUACCAAUGUCCUCAGGGUGUUUGCAGGGGUCGUCAAGCCUCAAGGCCCAGCCACUCCACCAUUCAUCGAGGUGAGGAUGCCAACGCUGGACGAUGGCCAUGGCUGGUGUGGGCAAGCUCUAGCAAAGAUGUAUGGGAAGACUCUCGACCUUGCUGUUCUUCCAAAGAAGCUGCAGCCAUGAUAUGUGCCUUCCGUGGCCCCCUAAGUAGCUGGUGCGUUGUGCGUACGCGGUGGAUGCUCAGUGUUCAGUAUUCGCUGUGUUAUGGUCCCCCGUCUUUGUGUGAUCACUGUUUACAUGCUGUUGGGCAGUCUACAGAACUGAACUACCAGUUUCAUCCUUGUACAAUAAUGUGUCUCCAGUACAUGUGAAAUGAAUGUUGCGCAUGUUUUGGCUUCAUUCAUAGUUUUCAGGAGUAGUUGAGUGCUUGUGUACAGAACGAAACUUUCAGUUUCACUUUUUUUUUUGGAGAAACAUCUGUGUCUUGUUGAGUGCUGUA